UUAUCUAACCAGCACUGAUAAUUCAUUGUUACAUCUUCAUAAUUGUUACAACAAAACCUGUAAAAUUGAUUUGAUCAGGAAAAAAAACUGCAGUCUUUCUCCUUUAGAAACAAUUUACAAUGUUAUCUUUUAAUCGUGUUGUUACAUUUGGUAUAUUAUGUGUAGUAUUCGGAUAAAACCUUUUCCCAUGCCUGUUUUCUGGAGCCUCCAUGUGUUCAUUGACUCGACGCUGCCUGCAGUACCACAGUCCUGCCAGACGAGGGCGCAGUUGCUCUAUGUUGGUACGUAUGAUCUUUGAGGACAUGGUGGUGGAUCAGCAGCCAGUCAAGACAGCAGGAAUAACAACAUAGCAAAGAUGACUAUUAAGAGAACAGAGACUAUAAAGACAAUAAAUAUAUGCAACGAAGAUUUUGAUUAAAUUUGGAGUCUUCUGGCAGACCGCGAGGGUGAGAAGCAAAGCGGAAUUGUAUCUCUGUGACCUGUUUUGAAGAGAAGACCUGAGGUGGAGCUCAACUGGAAUCGUUUUGCCUAGAAGCUAGCUGGCUAACAUGCAACGUUAGUGUCUGAGUUUGCACGAAAACCGGGAUACAUCAAGCUGGAAUUUGCAUGGACUGCCAUUAUCUCAACCACUUUAACAUUCAUCUAUUCGCACGCAGUUGGAGUCAUACCGACCGUUCAUCUUGCAGACCUAGCUGGGUAGCUGGCUAGCUCGGAAGGACCGACUCGUUGGCGCAGCUGGAAGCCGAAUACACAGCGCGCUCGGUCGGCGUGAGCACCAACGCCAUGCCGCGGGCUGAAAUCGGCCUGUCCGUAGAGCUAACUUCAACAAGCUAACGCUGGCUGGACAUAACAGGCCGCUUCAGAUGGUCAUUAUCAUUCCCUAGACAGCUAAUUAGAUAAGUCACCACUCAACACAGAGAAGCAGCCACAUAUUUCAUUCUGUGCGGUGCUUUCAUUUUUAAAAGCCCAACGGCAGAGCUAGCUAAUGCCGGGUAACCUGCUAAUUAGCUAGCUAAUUCGUUGGGGAGCAAUGCAAAGCCAACGAUAGCUAGUCUGGGUUAAUUGUUGUUUACAGUGUGCUAGCAUGUAAAUUUUUUGUUAGGUACAGUUAGCCUGGAAGCGUGUUGGAGUGGUGUGGAAAUUCACUUUAUUACUUAUCAAAACGGAGGUACAUUUAUUUGUGUGUGAAGCAAUUUGCAGUAGCUAGCUACAUCAGUACAGUUAAUAUCACUAUCAAAAACACGUUCAACAUUCAUGUUAGAUUGUAACAUAACCUAUGCAAGCGUAUGACUGAGAAACGAGCGACACUAAGGAAGCUUGUAUGGGAUUAUGUAGGUUGGCAGAGCUGUUAAAGCCACACAUGUAAACAACUGUGUCUAAGGUGUUACUUAGUAUUGCAUUGCAAAUUGUCAGUAUAUCAUUCAGUUGCUUGGUGUGCAUCUUCAUUGAUUUAGCUUUACACAGACACUACAAGGCAUGGCUGUUGUUGUCUUCCUGGAGCACAGCGAGACAUAUCAGCCAUUCAUUCAUGAUUGAUGACCUCUGAGGAAGCAGGACUGUCCUUUAUCCAUUUUCCACUACAGCUCAACCACUAACAGUCCUUGUUAUAGUAUUUAUUUUUGAACCACUAAUGCAACCUGGCGAGGAAAGAUAUUGAAGAGAUAGUUUUGAAUGUUAGUUUUAGCAGCACUUUCUUUUAUAAUCCUACUGACACCUAACUGGAACCACCCGGGUGGAUGGGAACAUGAGGAGGGCUCUGUCUGAUCUGAAGCAGCUUCCAAGUAGCUAGAAGGUCUGAUCGAAGCACAACAGAGAGCCCCCCCCCCCAUUGUGUGGACUGAGAACUGGAGAGGAAGGAGAUGACCACGGUGAUGGGGAUGAUGAUUAAAGAGGCCCAGUGACAGUGUUGAUCCCGCACCAGGAAGCAGAGGAGUGUGACACGAGGCUGCAGACAUGAGUCUCCGCCAACCCACCUCUACACUGGACAGCCCCUUUGCUGCUUGGCUCAGCAGUUUGACCAUUGGGGACUCGGAGCGCAAAUCCUCUGCCACCCAGCAGAGGGAGCCAACGGCCGACGUCCCUGCUGAGAGCACUGGUCCUGGUCUUGUGCAGAGAUGUGUGGUCGUGCAGAAGGACCAGCUCGGUUUUGGCUUCACAGUGUGUGGAGAGAGAGUCAAGCUUGUGCAGAAUGUCCGACCAGGUGGUGCAGCAGUCAAGGCCGGGGUCCAAGAAGGGGACCGAAUCAUAAAGGUGAACGGCUCGCUGGUGUCCUCCAUGUCCCAUCAGGAGGUGGUAAAGCUCAUCAAAUCUGGAACGUACGUAGCUCUGACGCUACAGGGACCUCCCCCAUCAGCUGCCUCUUUGCCCUUAGAGCCCCUCCCCACUGACCUUGCACCCAAUCAAAGAACGUCUCUGGGCGGGGAGGCUCCACCCCCUCCACCACCACCCCUGCCCUCUGGACUGAGCAGCAACCCUUCCCAAAGAAUCACUGGACCCAAACCACUACAGGACCCAGAGGUGCAAAAACAUGCCACUCAGAUACUCAGGAAAAUGCUGGAACAGGAAGAAGCUGAACUGCAGGACUUGAUGGAGCAGCGGUUGAGGAACCCGUCGCCGUCACUGGAGGAGCGGAUUGAAAGUGCCAAGAGGAGAGCUCACCAAGUCAGGGUCAAGAUUCAGCAAGAUCUGGAGGGAACACGAUCAGAAUCUAUCACGAGCUAUGUCAUAGCAGGAGAAGGUCGACUAUCAGUGGACUCAGGCGAAGGAGACGUGGAGGCCUUUGAGAGUCCCCACUCCUCCCCCUCACCCUCCUUCAGGACCCCCCUACACCGACGGCAGGGCUCCGACACACACACCCUCUCUGAUUUGGGCGGAAAGGCCCAGAUCAUCGGCCCUGAGGAAGAGGAUGAAGAAGAUGACGGCUAUGCAUUUAAUGAGAUGGAUGGUCCGUUCCAGGACAUUGAGUUGUUGAAAUCACGACCAGCACACAUGACAGUGUUCAUGAGAUACGUCUUCACCCAGCUGCUGGACCCCAACCCUCUGCUGUUUUACCUGUCAGUGGAGGCCUACCUUGGUUCCAGUACUAAAGAUGCCCGUGCACUUGCACCUCAGAUCUGCUCCCAUUUCCUGGACCCAGAUGCUCCCCUGAAAAUCAAAGUACGAGAGGAGUAUCUCGCAGAUAUCGAGAGUCGAUUACACGCCCAGGAGGACAUCAGAGGACCUCUCUCCGAGCUGCAGCAGCAGGUGCUGCCAGACAUUCAGGACCAGAUACAAGAUUACAGGAACAAGCAGAUGAUGGGUCUUGGCUCUCUGUUUGGGGAAGGAGACCUGCAGCACCUUGAUGGAGACCCUGUGAAAGAGAGACAGGUGGUGGACAGACAAGUCACCGCCCUCUGGGAGAUACUAUCAAAGCACGAAGAGGACAGAAGUUCUCCUCUGGCAUCGGCGGUCCUGCUAUACCUGCGCCAUUCUGGUAUCAAGCUAAGAGAUUCCAAGGUCUUCCCUGGUCUGAGCACAGAGAAGGAGAAGUGGCUCGCCUUCUUGAAGACGAAAAAGCUGAGUGGUACCAAGAAAGAGAAAGAUGGAGAGGAUAAAAAGAGAAAUCCCAUCCUGAAGUACAUCGGCAAACCCCGGACCACAUCCCAGUCCACAUUCCAUGUCCCGUUGUCACCCAACGAAGUCCGUCCUGGAAGUGUGAGGAACAUCAUUCAGCAGUUUGAGAAUCACACAGAGACGACAGGAGAGGAGGGCGGGGACGGCGCUGACCCCCAGAGGCUCUCCUCCAGCAGCCUGGGAGAAGACAGCAUGGACAGCCCCACAGUCUCAGUGCGUCUGGCACGCAGCGAGUCGUUGAAGGCUCAGGGAGAAGGGCGCCGGCGGGGUGUUGCGUCGGGAACAGAGUCUGUCCCCCGCUCUCGUAGCGAUGUGGACAUGGAGGACUGUGGGGAGGAGAGGGAGGGGCCGGGCCUCAGGCCGCUGCAGCACAGCGCAUCGUCAUCUGCGUCCAGCAGCUCUGCACGGUCUCUAGAGAACCCUACACCCCCAUACACCCCUCGGUCUAGACGAAGGAGCGUGGACUCGCCGCUGGCCCUGCUACCGGACGCGGCGGCGCUGGAAGAGGAGGUGUGUGACAGUCAGAACUGGCAGGACACGGUUCCGCCUCAGCUCCUCGCCACACUCAGCCCGAGGGAGGUGGACAGACAGGCCGUCAUAUACGAGUUGUUCACCACGGAGGCGUCCCACCUACGGACCUUGCGGGUCCUGGAUCAGGUCUUUUUCCAAAAGAUGAGGUCUGUGCUGAACUCUGAUGAGCUGGCCUGCAUCUUCCCCAACCUGCCCCAGGUCUAUGAACUCCAUGCAAGUCUGUGUGAGGCGAUGAAGAAGCGAAGAGAGACGCCCAUCGUUCAGGACAUCGGGGACGUUAUGCUCGCCAGGUUUGAAGGUGGAGCAGGGGACGAGUUUCAGGAGCAGGCGUCACAGCUGUGCAGUCAGCAGUCUCAGGCUUUGGAGCUCAUCAAGAACAAACAACGUAAAGACCCUCGCUUCGCUCACAUCAUACAGGAGUGUGAGGCGAGUCCUCACUGUCGGAGGCUGCAGCUUAAAGACCUGCUGGUGUCAGAAAUGCAGAGACUCACCAAGUACCCUCUGCUGCUGGACAACAUCAUUAAACACACAGAGGCUGGUUCGUCUGACCUCCCCUCACUCCAGCGCGCCCAGGCUUGUUGCCGAGGGAUACUGCAGACUGUUAACGAGGUUGUCAGGGAAACGGAACACCGGCAACGUCUCAGCCAAUACCAGCGCAGGCUGGAUGCUGCCCCUCAAUUCAAGAGUCUGGACCUCACUACAAAGAGGAUGAUUCAUGAAGGUCCUCUCACCUGGAAAGUGAGCAAAGAUAAGCAGAUAGAGAUCCAGGCACUGCUCCUGUCAGACUGCCUGGUCCUUCUUCAGAGGGGCCCAGACGACCGGCUGCAGCUACGAUAUCCAUCCCGCUGGCUGGGUGGAGGCGGAGGAAGCGGCGGGGACAGCAAGACCUCCUUCAGCCCUCUGGUGAAGCUGGACUCACUGCUGGUCCGCUCAGUAGCUACAGACAACAAAGCCCUCUAUGUCAUCAGCACCACAGAGAGGCAGAUCUACGAACUGGUGGCUGGGACAUCAUCAGAGAAAAACACCUGGAAGGAUUUACUUGAAAAGACGGUCUCAUCGGCUGAUGGCUCAUCACCCCUGAUCAAUCAUGGAUCCAUUCCUAUACCUUCCUCCAGCAUACGCAGUGCGUCCCCAGGCUCAACGGGCAGCAAUGCAGACAACUCAAUGACAGAGCCGUCAGAUUCCAUGGAGACUCAUUCCUCCAACAAUGACAUUGAGCUCUUGGACAACACUUCUAUGGACCAAUCAGGAGAUUUCAAGUGUGGUGAAAGACAAGCAGCUGGUGUGGCAGAGGCUGCUUUACAAGACGUUGAAACACUGCGGCGGCUCAUAUCGCGAGACCUGGAAGAGGACAGAUGGAGCCACGACUCUGACGACACGCCCACCAAUGAGACGGCCAACGAGGAGAGCUCGUUAAGUGAAAGGCAGCGGCCGGAGUCUUUGGAGACUGUCCUCAACUUCAGCACCAACGACUGGGAGGCUGAGCCUGUGGAGGUUCUGCCCUCAGACACCGAACAGCCCAGCGUUCAGGUCAUAAGGAAAGCUGUGGUUGCGGGUCCUUCUUCUUCUUCUGUCCCUGAUGACAUCACUGAUGAUGUCCACCAAUCGUCCAAGCCGAGAGGGAACACUUUCUACCUGGUGAUGCCAACAGAGCAGGGAGAGAGCGUCACUGAUGACUUCAACGACCCUCCUACUCCCACCGCCACCCACUUCCCUCAGCCUGUGGAGGAAGCGACGUCGCUGCAGACGCAGCCAAAGGAGGAAACACCAGCCUGCGGUCCAGAGCCAAACCAAUCAGAGGCUAUGCAACUGGAGCAGGAAGAAGAAACGGAGCGAUCACAGGCUGGGCACCAGAGUCACAUGAUCAAAAACGUGGAUGAGAUUUUCCACACAAUUGAGGGGUUGAUGAGCAAGUUGCGCCAGCUGAAGGAAAUAGAGAAGGCCCACCACAAGCUUUUGAAAACCCUCACAGAGCCCUCUGUCAAUCAGGAGUCAGGGGACCAACAGUGUCGCUCGGCAACUGUCUCCAGGACACCGUCACUGGAUCGCGGCUCAGGAGACGGUAAGGAAGGAAGUCCAGCAGAACCCAAGAUUCAGUCAACUGGAUUCUGAUGUGGCUCUAGAGUGGAUGUCCUCACAGUCAUUCACUCUUAAUUGAUGGCAUACAGACACACCUGUUAAAUGUACCCACUAUCAGACUCGGGCACCCCAGCCCCUCCUCCCCUUGCCCCUCAUCCCUGCAUGCACCGACCAGUGGAACAGAACCUUAAGAAGGACCAUAGCCGUUUUUGUUUUUCUGGAGAAGCUGGUCGGACUCACCAGGAUUUCUGAGAUCCACGCAAAUGUCUGACUUCUUCCAGAGCAUGAGGGAGUCCAGGGCAAGUGAGGAAAAAGAAUGAAGGAACAAAAAGGCAGAAGACAAGUUGACGACUGAGGAGCGAAGGAAAAGUUUGAAUAAGUGAAAGUGGAGAAAUGACCAAGUUGGAUAUUUGUGAAAGAAAAUGAGUUUUUAAGAGCUGGUUGAAGGAACGGAGCAGAAAAGUGUUGAAAUGUUAAUUUAAGGAAAAAUCCGAGGGACCCGUCACCCCAGCACUUUACCCACAAUGCAUCCCUCUGUCAUGUACACCCCCCCCCUACAGUGGACAGAUCAGGGACUGGACACGCCUUGGGCUUCAUUUAGGGGCCAACGCUUGAACCAAGAUGGCCUCCAGGGGUCCCCCUCCCCACCUCCACUGGUUGCUUUACACUGAGCUCACCUGCCACUGUGGCCGAAGGACUGUGUCUAUAUAAUUCAGGUUAUUUGCACUGGGUAAGGAAACCAAUAUCACAUACACACAAACACUGUUUACCCAUUUUAUUCAUCUCAGACGUUCAUAUCCACUGUGGGAAAAACAAUAAGCGUUAUUCUCUUUGCAGCCAUGUUGUCAUAUCCUUAAGCCUUCAUUUAAGCUGCAAGAUGGCUGUCCAUCAGUGCAACAUAUUGAUUCUUUACAUGGUUUGUAUUCGUUGUUCUUUUUUUUUUUAAGUUCUGAAAACACUACUGCGCUGUUUACUACUGAAAUGCUGGCGGGUUUUAUUUUCAGCGCUGCUUCAGACGCGUGCAGGGAUCUCAGCGAUUCAAACAACGAGCUCAGCGGAUUCACACAGCUGUUCUGAUCACGUAAAGUUGUUUAGGAUUAAACGUUUGGGAGAUUUAGAACGUUUUGGGGCUAGAUCUAAGACAGGCAAUGUUGACGACGAGUGUGAGGAAACGGGGCGAGUACAGAUUCAAACUUAGAAACUUGAAUUAUCAGUGAAAAACCGUUACUCAAUCAAAUUGCUGCCAAAUAUUGCCGCUGACAUUGCCUGUCUGCACUUUAAGAUUUGACUGUGCAUCCUUAAGCCCUCUCCAGUGUAUUGUGUGUGUAAAUAUACCGCAGUUAAUACUGUGAACCAGCAUCUUCCCCCCUUCUCCCAUCCCAUGGUCAUGCCAUACAGUGUUUAUAUUCCUCCAGCCCAUGUCCAAAGCCAUGAAAGGACUCUUUACCAAGUAGUUUUCUAAUGAGAGACCUCCCUCUGAAAAGAACAGCUUAUAUUUAUUUGGUUAUUAAAAAAAUCUAUUCAAUGACAUGCACAAUUAAAGUUAUUUGAAGAAAUUGCCCAACAUUUUGAGAAGUUUAUUUGCUUUCCUGUCGGUAUAUGAUGCCACUGUCAGCAGGUGGUUAGCGUAGCUUAGCAUAAACACUGGGAGAAGGGAGAAACAGCUAGCCUGCCUCUAGAGCUCGCUAAGUUUCCCCCCUGCUUCUGAUUUUUACGCUAAGCUAAGCUAAGCUAACCUGCUGCAGAUACUAGCCUUUACGGCACAGACACGAGAGUGGUGUUGAUCUUCUCAUCUAUCACUUGGCAUGAAAGCAAAUAAGUGUAUUUCCCAAAAUGUCAGAACUAUUCCUUCAUUCGUCUGAGUAGUUAAUUGUCCUUGACGUUCAGAAACGUUGUUGGGGCAACCAGCAAAGACUGACGCUUCAGCCAAGUGCUUAUCUCUUUUUUUUUUUUUUUUUUAAAGGCCAUCUGUAUGGAUGGUUUGUUUUUAGCCUCUUUGUUUCUCUAAUCGAGCUGGGAAGAACCACACGGGGCUGAUUUUAUUUGAGCUGGUUUCAAAUACUAACCGAGGAGCGCUUUAGUGACUUAACCCAGCUUCUUUACCAGCUUCAGAGCUGACCGUACACUACCAAACUAAACCAAAACUAGAGCCACACUAACACAUUUUACACACUACCAGCCACUGAGUCUACGGUUAAAAUGAUGUUUCACUGCCUGGUGGAAGGUUUUCACUCUUUAGCCAGCACAGCACACCCUGAAGGAAGAAGAGGUGUGAAUUGUUUUUCACACAUGUACAGAUGUAGAAAAAGAAAGAAAAAAAAAGAAUUGCAAUUACUGAUCGCCAGGACGGCUCAUUUUCACGGCUGACCCUGUGCGAAUUACGGAAGAAUUUGUGCUAAAAUGUAAAAAUGUUCUACCAAAGUGAAAUAUCUCUUCAGAGGUGUUGAAGGGAAGUGUUUUUUUUCUUCUUCACAUUUUGGCUGCUGUUUUUUUUUCUUUCUUUUUUUUUUUCAAGCAUCUCAGACCAAGAUUCUUUUUUGAUAUUAACGUUUUUCCAUGUGAAGCUAUGGACACACAGUCAUCACAUGCGAUGCAAGUUUUUGACCAUUGUUUCACACAAAAAAUGAAGGGUGUCAGAUCAGCACUUGGUCUGAGCUGGUUGAACCAAAAUUAAAAUCUCUUCUUUCCUUGCAUCUCCUCUCCUCCCCAGCAUUUUUCAUCUCCAAUUUCUACCUCUACACUUCAGUUUCUUUGUACCUUCAAAUUAGUUUAUUUUAUACAUUUAUCUUGUACAUUGACAUCAGCGUUGUGGCCCUAACCGGCUGUAAAGAAGCUAUAACCGAUUCAUUUUUUGAAAAAAAAAAAAAAAGUUGCACAAAUGAAACUUCCCUGCACGGUGCAAACUACUGUAUGCAUACACACAUCUUUAACUAUCAUCUCAUUGUCUUUUUAUUUUUUGUGUCUUUUUUAAAAAAUCUUGCUCACUCAUGUAAUAUAGAGAAAUCAGACCCACUUGUUUUAUAUAUGUUAAUUUUUUUCUGUAAAGCCUUAGUCCUUGUAUUUGAUUUUAUUUUUGUAGAUAUGAUUAAAAAAAGGAUGUAUAAAUUA